AUGGUCCUCUUGAGCACGCUCAUCGCCGUGGCAGGCCUGGGCGUCGUCGCUCGCGGCCAAAUCACCGUCGAUACAAGCUCCAAGCUGCAAAAGAUUGACGGCUUCGGCUUCUCUCAGGCUUUUGGCCGUGCCAAAGAGUUCCAAAACGCCCCGUCAGCUCUCCAGCAGGAGGCGCUCGAUCUGCUCUUCAGCACCGACAAGGGUGCUGGGUUCAGCAUCAUCCGCAACCGCAUCGGCUCCGGCGGCAAGGGCGAUAGCAUCCUCCCCACGAGUCCCGGAUCGCCGUCUGGCAAACCGACUUACUCCUGGGACGAUGAUGAUAGCGGCCAGAUCUGGUUCACGAAGCAGGCUGUCAGCUAUGGCGUGAAGCAGAUUUACGCCGACGCCUGGAGUGCCCCCGGGUUCAUGAAGACCAGCGGCAACGAAGCCACGGCCGGAUAUCUCUGCGGCACCACAGGUCAUACCUGCUCCUCCGGCGACUGGCGACAGGCAUAUGCGGAUUUCCUGGUUCAGUACGUCAAGUACUACCAACAAGCCGGCCUCAACGUGACCCAUCUCGGCUUCCUCAACGAGCCUGACUUCUCCCCUAGCUACUCCCAGAUGCAAAUCAGCUUCAACGCCCAGGAGGCCAUCUCCUUCAUCCCCACGCUCUCCAAGGCCGUCCAGGUCGCCGGUCUCAGCACCAAACUCACUUGCUGCGACGCCGUCGGCUGGGGAUCGACCGUCAAGUACACAAACGCCCUCGUCGCCGGCGGCAUGGAGUCUUAUCUCGGCCUCAUCACCUCGCACACCUACUCGGGCGACGCCAACACGGCCCUCGACACUAAGCUCGCCUCCUGGGUCACCGAGUCCGGCAUAACGAACCCCUUCGACCUGACCUGGUACAAGAACGGCGGCGCGACCGAGGGCAUGACCUGGGCCAACAAGAUCGCCGUCGGCAUCAUCAACGCCAAGCUGUCGGCGUACCUCUACUGGGAGGGCUUUGAGCUGAAGCAGCUGCAGUCCGACUCCCACCUCGUCGACACGCAGGACGGCAAGACCGCGACGCCGUCGGCCAACUUCUGGGCGUUUGCGAUGUGGUCGCGGCACAUCCGCCCCGGCGCGCAGAGGCUGGCGACGUCCGGCAUGGUGGCGUCCGACGUGCUGACGGCCGCGGUGCAGAACGCGGACGGGUCGGUCGUGGUGGUGUUUACGAACAACGGCAGCGCUGCCAAGACCGCGAGCGUGUCGUUCAAGGGGUUCACGCCCAAGGCUGCGAGCGCGUGGGUUACGGACAACAGCCACAAGUUUGAUACGACGCAGGCUACCGUCUCUGGUUCGGGAGUGUCGGUUUCGGUGCCGUCCAAGGGUGUCGUCACUGUCAAGUUGACUUGA